AUGAAUCGCCGGGACGAAGCUCUUCCUGUGUACAGGAACUCCUCUUAUUGCGUGAGUGAGCGUGUUGAGGAUCUCAUCGGGCGCAUGACCCUAGAAGAGAAGGCUGGUCAGAUGUUUCAGCAGAUGCUCUUCGUAGGGGAGAACAACACUCUGUUCCAAGGUGGCGGCGGGUACAACAGCACCAAGGUUGCCAUCGGCGACAUGUAUAUGACGCACUUCAACCUCGUCGCAGACAUUGAAGACGCUCAGGCGGUGGCAGAGUUUACCAACCUCAUCCAAGAAACCGCAUUGCAGACCCGCCUUGGUAUCCCAGUCACACUCUCCACGGACCCUCGCCACAGCUUCACUGAGCAUAUUGGCACUGGAUUCCAAGCCGGCGUCUUCUCGGAGUGGCCAGAGUCCCUCGGUCUAGCUGCGCUCCGUGAUCCCGAACUCGUCAAGAAGUUCGCCGAGGUUGCGCGUGAGGAAUACAUCGCAGUUGGCCUCCGUGCUGCCCUCCACCCCCAGGUCGACCUCUCAACGGAGCCUCGCUGGGCUCGUAUCAAGGGAACUUGGGGUGAAGAUGCCACCCUUACCAGUGAGCUCUUGGUGGCAUACAUCAAGGGGUUCCAGGGAGAAGAGCUCGGCCCCUACUCCGUCUCCACCGUCACCAAGCACUUCCCCGGCGGUGGCCCCUUGGAGAAUGGCGAGGAUUCGCACUUCAACUAUGGGAAAAACCAGACGUACCCUGGAAACAAUUUCGACUACUUCUUAACUCCCUUCAAGGCCGCCAUUGCCGCUGGUGCCAGGCAGAUGAUGCCUUACUACUCCCGCCCCAUCGGCACCAAGUACGAAGAGGUUGGCUUCUCCUUCAACAAGGGAAUCGUAACAGGACUCCUGAAAGAGGAGCUCGGUUUUGAGGGCAUCGUUCUUACGGAUUGGGGCUUGAUCACCGACGCCGAGAUGGACGGAGGUAUUUUCGAAGCGCGAGCGUGGGGCGUUGAGCAUCUCUCUGGCUUGGAGCGGGCAGCUAAGAUCCUCAACGCUGGCUGCGACCAGUUCGGCGGCGAAGAGCGUACCGAUCUUGUUAUCCAACUGGUCAAUGAUGGUAUCAUCUCCGAGGAGCGUAUUGAUACGUCGGUCCGAAAACUCCUGCGUGAGAAGUUUAUCCUUGGUCUCUUUGAUAACCCAUUUGUCGACCCGGAGGCUGCUGCUAGAAUCGUCGGAAACGACUACUUUGUUCGUCUUGGCGAAGAUGCGCAGCGUCGAUCCUACACGCUGCUUUCUAACAAGGACAGCAUUCUACCUCUGACAAACCUCCCCGAGAAGACAAAGUUCUACAUCGAGGGCUUCAACGCGACUUUCAUCGAGAACCGAAACUUUACUGCCGUCGAAACUCCCGAAGAGGCCGACUUUGCGUUGCUCCGCCUCACAGCACCUUAUGAGCCUCGAUAUGGUGUCUUCGAGGCAAACAUGAACGCCGGAUCGCUUGCGUACAACUCCACUGAGCAGAAACGCCAGGCGGCUAUUUAUAACACCGUGCCCACGAUCGUCGACAUCAUCCUGGACAGACCCGCUGUCAUCCCCGAAGUUGUUGAGAAGGCCGCUGCUGUGCUGGGAAGCUAUGGCAGUAGCACCGAGGCAUUCCUAGACGUGAUUCUGGGAGAGAGCAGCCCCGGAGGAAAGUUGCCAUUCGACCUACCUCGCUCAAUGGAAGCCGUCGAGAACAACAUGGAGGACGUGCCUUUUGACACCCGCAACCCGGUCUUCAAGUUUGGCCAUGGGCUGAGCUAUGCUAAUAAGUGUGGGGAUUCUGAAGCAAAAUGCUCUUGA